CGGCGCCCAGGGAGCCCGGUGGCGCCAUGGACCGAGGCCGGGUGCUAGAGCAGCUGCUCCCAGAGCUCACCAGGCUGCUCACCCUCCUGGACAAUGAGGACCUCAGUGAUAGCACCCUGGAAAAGAAGAUGGCAGUGGCCUCCAUCCUGCAGAGCCUGCAGCCCCUCCCAGAAAAGGAAGUCUCCUACCUGUACGUGAACACUGCAGACCUCCACUCGGGGCCCAGCUUCGUGGAGUCCCUCUUUGAAGAAUUCGACUGUGACCUGAGUGACCUCCGGGACAUGCCAGAGGACGAUGGGGAAGCCAGCAAAGGAACGAGCCCUGAGCCGGCAGAGAGCCCACCUCUGAGAAAUGCAGCCAACCCGCCUCCGCCACUGCCCAACAAGCCUCCGCCCGAGGACGACUACGAGGAGGCCCUUCCUCUGGGGCCCGGCAAGUCUCCGCAGUAUAUCAGCUCCCACAAUGGCAGCAGCCCAGCCCAUUCAAUUGUGGAUGGCUACUAUGAAGACGCAGACAGCAGCUACCCCACAACCAGGAUGAACGGCGAGCUGAAGCACUCCUACAAUGACUCUGACGCGAUGAGCAGCUCCUACGAGUCCUACGAUGAUGAGGAGGAGGAAGGCAAGGGGCCUCAGCCCAGGCACCAGUGGCCCUCCGAGGAGGCCUCGAUGCACCUGGUGAGGGACUGCCGGAUAUGUGCCUUCCUGCUGCGGAAAAAGCGCUUUGGGCAGUGGGCCAAGCAGCUGACCGUCAUCAAGGAGGACCAGCUCCUGUGUUACAAAAGCUCCAAGGACCGGCAGCCGCACCUGAGGCUGGCGCUGGACAUCUGCAGUGUCAUCUAUGUGCCCAAGGACAGCAGGCACAAGAGGCAUGAGCUGCGCUUCUCCCAGGGGGCCACUGAGGUCUUGGUGCUGGCGCUGCAGAGCCGGGAGCAGGCGGAGGAGUGGCUGAAGGUCAUCCGUGAGGUCAGCAAGCCCAUUGGGGGAGUGGAAGGAGUGGAGGCUCCCAGAUCCCCAGUCCUCCUGUGCAAGCUGGACUUGGACAAGAGGCAGUCCCAAGAGAAGCAGACCUCAGACUCUGACAGCUUGGGCAUGGGCGACAGCAGUUCCACCCUUGGCCGCAGGGAGGCCUGUGAACACGGCAAAGGGAAGAAGAGCAGCUUGGCAGAGUUGAAGGGCUCCAUGAGCCGGGCCGCGGGCCGCAAGAUCACCCGCAUCAUCAGCUUCUCCAAGAAGAAGGCCCUGGCUGAGGACCUGCAGAUAUGCUCCACAGAGGAGGAAGUGCCAUGCUGUGGCUACCUGAACGUGCUGGUGAACCAGGGCUGGAAGGAGCGCUGGUGCCGCCUCAAGCGCGGCACCCUGUACUUCCACAAGGACCGCGCCGACCUGCACACGCACGUGAACGCCGUCGCGCUCCGCGGCUGCGAGGUGGCCCCGGGCUUCGGGCCCAGACACCCGUUUGCCUUCCGGAUCCUGCGCAACCGGCAGGAGGUGGCCAUCCUGGAGGCGAGCUGUUCAGAGGACAUGGGUCGCUGGCUUGGGCUGCUGCUGGUGGAGAUGGGCUCCAGCGUCACUCCAGAGGCACUGCACUAUGACUACGUGGACGUGGAGACCUUAACCAGCAUCGUGACUGCCGGGCACAACUCCUUUCUAUACGCAAGAUCCUACCAGGACCAGUGGCCCGAGCCCCGUGUCUAUGACGACGUCCCUUAUGAAAAGAUACAGGACGAGGAGCCCGAGCGCCCCACUGGGGCCCAAGUGAAGCGCCACGCCUCCUCUUGUAGUGAGAAGUCCCAUCGCGUGGACCCGCAGGUCAAAGUCAAGCGCCAUGCCUCCAGUGCCAAUCAAUACAAGUAUGGCAAGAACCGAGCUGAAGAGGAUGCCCGGAGGUACCUGGUAGAAAAAGAGAAGCUGGAGAAAGAGAAAGAGAUGAUUCGGACAGAACUGAUGGCUUUGCGGCAGGAGAAGAGAGAGUUAAAGGAAGCUAUUCGGAGUAAUCCAGGAGCAAAGCUAAAGGCUCUGGAGGAAGCUGUGGCCACCUUGGAAGCACAGUGUCGAGAGCGGGAGGAGCGCCGCAUCGACCUGGAGCUUCGGCUCAUGGCCGUGAAGGAGCGCCUACAGCAGUCCCUGGCAGGGGGGCCGGCCCUGGGGCUCUCCGUGACCAGCAAGACCAGGAGUGCGGAAACUACAAAUAAACCCCAAAACAAUGUUCCUGAGCAAUCUCUCCCUGUCAAUUGUGUUUCUGAGCUACGGAAGAGGAGCCCGUCCAUUGUAACCUCCAACCAAGGAAGGGUGCUACAGAAAGCCAAGGAAUGGGAAAUGAAGAAGACCUAGAAAGAGGAUGAGGAUUUCAUUACAAAAGAAGUAUCAGCUCGUCCACCUCAGGCGGAAAUGCUCUCUCCCCAGAGAGACAGUAGGAGGAGACUGGAAGUCGUCCCAGCUCUCUGGGGCACCCAGAAGACUGGCCUUUAUUGUCUGCAUGAUUUUAUGCGCCUGGGGAGGGAAGAAGCAGAAGGGAAGAGGGAAAUGGAGGGCAACCUUCUGACUUCACAAUGGGUGGAAAUGGGGGUGGAGGGAGAAGGAAGUCCGUACAGCCCUAAAGGUUUUGUUAGCUACCUUUGCCUUCCCUUCUGAAGAAGAAAUGAAAGCACGUGUGAAUAAGCCAUUCCAUCCCAUCUCAGCCUCCCAUUCCCAGUCCAUAAGGCAGAGGAGGGCAGUGCUGGAACAUCAGUGGUGCAGUGUAAAGAGAAAAGACUUGAUCAUCUCUUCCAUGCUAACCGCAUUCCUGCUGGGCAUCACUGACCACCUGUGGACAAAGCAAACAGGCCGCAAAAUCGGUAACAUCCCUGCCUGCACAAAGGCGAGCCAGAGCCAUCAAGAGCAUGCGAUCCCGCAGUCAUUCCUCAUCUGCUUUAGAUCUAAGCAGAGUACAGCUAUCAGCAACUUCCAGAUUUGAAUAUUUUAAAAUCAAAUACCUGAGUACCCACAGGGCAAACAGGGUUGAUCAACUGAUGUGUUUUCAGUUCACAGUGAUGGGAACAUGAAGUUCUAAUGUUCACAGGAUGCUGAAGGUAUUGAAUAGUAGGGUCAAUUGCUGCCAACUCAAGUCCUUUAUCUAUUUUAUACGACACUGACACUCCUGGAGCUAUAGUUAGAACCAUGUCUUUAUCCUGAUGAAGUUCUUAUCUUGCACUAGGAGGUCCACUGCCUUGCCCUUCCAUAUCUGCUAUAAAUGAAAACUAUCCAGGAAAACCAGAGGAUGGUGGCUGUUUGCUGCCACAUGGGUGCUAAGCCUUUUACAAACACUUGAUUCUUUUAUAGGUGGUGCCAGGACCUCAGGUCCUAAGCAGCCUCCUUUAUGCCACUCACUACUGUUUUGACACUGUACGCACUUUAUGGGUCUGUCUUUAACAUGUUUCUCUCCAAUAAAGAUAAAAACACUAACUCCUGAAAGUUCAACAGUUAGCUCAAGCGGGGAGAAGGGAAAUCCCAAACUAACAUGUGGACAUUUUGCCAGAGGCUGGACAUGUUUUACCCACCUAAAGCUUAGCAUACUUCAGCCUAACUGAAACUCUACCAUCCUCUGAAGUAACUGGAGUCCAGAGCAAGAAAAAUGACCGGACCAAAAUCCCCCAGCUGCUCACUGGCAGAGCAUAUAAUUUAGGGGUUAUGAUCCAAAUAACCCUGGGUUUGAGUACUGCCUUUCCUAUCUACUUGCAGGGUAGCCUUAGAAGAAUGACUUGACCUGCUUCUUGCUUUCCUUAUCGGUAAAGCAAGAUUAACUAUUUUACUUUCUCUCCAACUGUUAGGGGGAUUUAGUGACAUAAUACAUGACAAGCAUCUUGCAUGUCUUCAGACAUAGGAAACAGGUCCGUGUUGGCUACAUAAGAAAUGUCUGACUCAAAAGCCUAUGUUUCUUCUGCUGAGGAAGAAAUGACUUUUAAGUGGCAACUACAGGCAUCAAAAGGCAACUAAUCCAAGCCAGGCACACUUAUAAUCCCAGCACUCUGGAGGCUGGGGCAGAAGGACAGGGAGUUCAAGACCAGUCUAGAGUACAGAGCAAGACCUUGUCUCAAACAAAGAAAAAAAAAAGGGAAAAAAAAAAGCAACCAAUCUAAACUGGUAGUUUUCAUCCAAAUUCCAUUUCAAUAUCUCCAGUAACAAAAGAGCUCACAUACUCUGGGCUGCUGGUUUUCUUUUUUAAAAGUAUGUAUCCCAACGGCAUCCACUACAAUAUCCUCAGUUUCUCUCACAUUUUUAUGCAGUCAAUUUGAGGUUAAAUGUCUUUUUUCCACCAAUAUAGCUGGACUCAAGAGAAGAACACUUAAAUCAUUAAUAAUUAACAUGUAUUGAAUAUUUACCGUGUGUCAGGCAUUGUUAGCCAGGGCCAAGUUCUAAGCAAACAGCCUGUGUAGUCACACAGGGUUCCACACCCAAAAGGUCCUGUCUGACUAUAUUGUUGCCUUCUUUAUAAUUCUUCCCCUUAGUAAUUUUUGAACAAAUGCUCCUGUGUUUUCCUUUUGUCCCUUAAAUUACAUAGCCAUUUUUCCAGGAAUUAUCCCUUCAGUCAUCACUAAAAUCCUCUGAGAUGGGUUAUAUAAUCACACCUUUUGCAGUUCAAUAUCAUCUAGAGCCCUCCUAACUACAAAGCAGUAUUUCAUCCAUGUAUCUCCCUCGUGUUGCACUGCAGCAUUCAGAAGUAGAGAAGCAUUUAAUAAACAGAUGCCCUAUUGGCUGCAUGUAUGUAGCACACCUGGUGUAAAGUGGCAGUGAGAGAAAUAAAAGCAAAACAGCUAAA